GUAUAUUUGCAGAAUACAUUUUACCAGAAAGUAUACGGCGGCCGGUGUUUUCACAAUUCACGUCUAGCAUUAAUUAGUUAUUAUACGAGCGGCUGGUAGUGUUACGCACCAGCUAAAUUGCAUUAUUUAUUCAUAAUUUUGAAUCGUUUAAAACAAUGGCAGAAAAAGUGCCUCUAGUGAAACUGGAAAAUGGUUAUAGUUGUCCCAUUCUUGGGUUGGGAACAUGGCAAUCGAAACCCGGUGAAGUGACGCAAGCCGUGAAGGACGCCAUCGACAUUGGAUACCGCCACAUCGACUGCGCUUUCGUUUACGGCAACGAGAAGGAAGUCGGCGAGGCCAUCACGGCCAAGAUCAACGAGGGGGUUGUUAAGCGGGAGGAUCUGUUCAUCACCUCCAAACUGUGGAACACCUUCCACCGGCCGGAUCUGGUGAAGGGAGCCCUGCUGAAGACCCUGGAGAAUCUCAAUAUUAAAUACAUCGACUUGUACCUCAUUCACUGGCCUCAGGGUUACAAGGAAGAUGGCGAACUCUUCCCAGCGGACGCGUCAGGCAAGAUCCAAUUUUCCGACGUGGACUACGUGGACACUUGGAAGGCGCUGGAGCCGCUGGUCGGCGAGGGUCUGGUCAGGAGCCUCGGCAUCUCCAACUUCAACUCGAAGCAAAUCGAUCGGCUGCUGAAGAGCGCGACCAUAAAACCUGUCGUUAAUCAGGUGGAGUGCCACCCGUACCUGAACCAGCAACGCUUGAUCCAGUACUGCGAGGCCAGAGGCAUCAAGAUCACAGCGUACUCGCCCCUGGGCUCCCCGGACAGGCCCUGGGCACAGCCCGGGGAACCCCUGCUCAUGGAGGACCCCAAGUUGAAGGCGAUAGCUGAGAGACUCGGCAAGACGGUCGCUCAAGUUCUCAUCAGAUACCAAAUCGACCGCGGGGUGAUUGUGAUCCCGAAGUCAGUGAACAAGAGUCGCAUCGCGAGCAACUUCGCCGUUUUCGAUUUUAAACUGUCUGAAGAAGACGUACAACUGAUCAAUUCGUUUGAUUGCAACGGCCGAUUUGUGCCUAUGACUGCGUCCCUCGGCCACAAGUAUCAUCCAUUUGAGAAUGAUGAGUUUUAAGAAGUGCCUCAAGAUAUCCUGAUUUACUAUAUAUUUGCUAUGUAACCAAUAUUAAUGUUAACUUUGUUAUUAUACGGAAUAUAUUUUGUUAACGGUU